GAACCGGUCACAGAGAUUGGUGUGAAUAUCUCUCGCCAGAAGUUUUCUAUCUUUCUCCUGCAAAAGUCAUCAUGAAGUUGCAGUGGGCCUUCUUAUUUGUUUGUGUAUCCUUCGCACUUUCCGAAGACAUCGAAGUUGAAGAAGAUGUGCUGGUGCUGACAACGAAAAACUUCGACAAAGCCUUGGAAGACAACCAGUACAUUUUGGUAGAAUUCUAUGCCCCAUGGUGUGGACACUGCAAGGCUCUGGCCCCAGAGUACGCUAAAGCUGCCACCCAACUGAAGGAAGAAGGCAGCGACAUUAAGCUGGCCAAGGUUGACGCUACAGUUGAAAGCAGUUUGGCUGAGAAGUUUGAAGUUCGGGGAUUUCCAACCAUCAAAUUUUUCCGUAGUGGAAAACCCAUUGAUUAUUCAGCUGGGAGAACUGCUGCAGAUUUUGUGACCUGGUUGAACAAGAAAACUGGCCCACCAGCCACCACCCACGACAACGUAGACUCUGCCAAGAAGCAGAUUGAGAAAGAAGAGGUCUAUGUCAUUGGAUUUUUCAAGGAUGUUGAAUCUACUGCUGCCAAAGCUUACCUGGAAGCUGCUGCCGAUAUUGAUGAUCUUAACUUCGGUAUCACAUCCGAUAACAAAGUUUUUGCUGAGUACAACAUGGAUAAGGAUGGUGUUGUCCUCUUCAAGAAGUUUGAUGAAGGCCGAAAUAACUUUGAAGGAGAGAUCACUGCUGCUGCUGUGAAGACUUUUGUCCAGUCUAACCAGCUUCCAUUGGUGGUAGAAUUCACACAAGAGAGUGCUCAGAAGAUCUUUGGAGGGGACAUGAAGACCCACAUGUUGAUGUUCAUCAGCAAGAAAUCCAGUAGUUUUGAUGAUAGCAUUUCUGCUCUCAAAGAGGCUGCCACUGACUUCAAGGGAAAAAUUCUGUUUAUCUACAUCAACAUUGAUGAUGAUGACAAUCAGAGAAUCCUGGAGUUCUUCGGUCUGAAGCCUGAUGAGUGCCCAGCUAUCCGCCUCAUCUACCUUGGAGAUGACAUGACCAAGUACAAGCCAGAAAGCAACAAUCUUGAUGCUGCUUCAGUCAAAUCAUUUGCUCAGGAUUACAUUGAUGGCAAGCUGAAGCCCCACCUUAUGUCCGAGGAUGUUCCUGCAGAUUGGGAUGCCAAACCUGUCAAAGUUCUCACAGGCAAAAACUUUGCUGAGGUUGCCAAAGAUAAGAGCAAAAACGUUUUCGUAGAAUUUUAUGCCCCAUGGUGUGGACACUGUAAACAGCUGGCCCCUAUCUGGGAUGAACUCGCUGAGAAGGUUGAGGGUGGAGAUACUGUCAUUGCCAAGAUGGAUUCCACAGCAAACGAACUAGAAGAUAUAAAAAUUCAGAGCUUCCCAACUCUUAAAUAUUUCCCUAAAGAUAGUGACGAGGUUAUAGAUUAUAAUGGUGCUAGGACACUAGAAGCCUUACAAAAAUUUGUUGAGAGUGGCGGAAAAGAUGGAGCUGGUCCAGCUGAUGAUGAGGAGGAUGAAGAUGAAGAUGAGGAUGCUGAGGAUGAGGAGGAGGAGGAUCAACCAAAGGAUGAAUUGUAGGCACUUGGCCUGUUUCUAUCUUCAUACAGCCCUUUUCUGUAGAAUUACAAUGUACAUUAACUUUCUUACUCUCAUGACAUCAUAUCUGUUACUAUUCUACAGCCAACUAUAAAUUUGUAUCAGUUCUUUCUGUAUUUUUUUUUUCUUGUGUUCAAAUUGAACAUUGCUCAGUGUUUCGCUUAAAAGAGCACUCAGGUUCUAACUUGUCAUUGCCCAUUGGGAGUGCUACUGUGCUUAAACUAAACAUGGCUUGCACAUACGGAGGCUUGUGACAGUUGGCUCAAUCUUGAAUAGGGGAGGUUUUCAUUAUAUGUUUUGUGAAUACUCAAGAUUGAUUUCUGUUACCCUGAAUACUUUUAAUUUUUUCCUCUCAAUACACCCUCUCAGUUAUUAUUAUUAUUACUUUUUUUUUCUUUUUGUUGUAAUUUCUUUUUCCUAUUGGUCAUCAUUUAGCAUGUUGUUGUUGUAUAUACUUGUUAGAAUCAGCCAAGUGAAUAUUUGUUAUUUAAAGAACCUUUACCCCCUUCAUUUGACAUAAUAAGUAAUCUGUUGUCACUUUGUAUGUCAGGCAAAUAAAGUCGACGUUCUCUAGUCGCACCCAGUGGCCUCUUUUUGUGGGGCUUGCGUGAAAGUGAGAAACAUUCCGGGUGUGAAUGAUGUUUUCUGCUGUCAUGUGUUGGGAAAAAAAAAAACCCUAAGUCUUCAAAUUGUUGCUGAUCUGACAUUAGCAUCAUGUAUUGUCGGUUGUGAAAGAUCGAUAAUUUUUUUUUUUUUUUUUAUAUGGUAUUAGCGUUUUUAUUUGGGGUAUCAACACCCACCAUUUUAAAUGUCAUUUUGCAGAGGCAUUACUCGCAUCAAUCAUUGUUUUUCCAACUGGAUUGUGCACGAUUAUCUAACAUAUUAUCAGGUUCUAUUUCUACUAGGGUCAGUGCAUAUUGCUUGAAUUUUAGACCUAAAAUAUGAAUCUACAUAACCUGUAGCAGUUCACUGUCAAUAUGUGAUUUUAAAGGUUUGGAAAUGUAACCGAGAAAAGUUACAUGCCAUUAGCUAUAAAGACUUGUAUCUAGAAGAUACAUCGAUUAAUUUUAAGAUAUGUAUUUGAGAA